GCCCUCUCUCGCGAGAGCUGAAGUCUCGCGCGAAGCGGCAGGAGGUUCCGGGAGGCGGACGCGCUUCCGGGGUCGCGUCCGCUGGCGCGCGGGGGGAGAUUGUGAACGACGCGGCCGGUACCAUGUUCGUGACCGCCCUCCUCCUCCGCAAUCGCAUUCCUGGCAGCCAGUGGAUCGGGAAGCACCGGCGGCCGCGCGCCGUGUCUUUCCGCGCGAAGCAGAACAUGAUCCGUCGCCUGGAGAUAGAGGCGGAGAACCAUUACUGGCUGAGCAUGCCCUACCUCACCGCGGAGCAGGAGUACGGCCACGCCGCGGGGCGCCGGGCGGCGGCCUUCGAGGCCAUCAAGGCGGCCAGCGUGUCCAAGUUCCCCCCCCACAGAUUUGUGGUAGACCAGCUCGACCAUCUCAAUGUCACCAAGAAGUGGUCCUAGCCCAGAGCCACCGCCUUUGAGCUGGACGGGUCGCGGGGCCGCCAUCUCUGUGACCCGGUUCUGGAACUGAAAAGCUAACCUCGAGAGAGAAAAUGAGCCUUUGGACCGGAGUGGUCUGCAUGUAGAAUAUCUGGGGCUCCCAAUUCUUUAAUACUUGAGAGUCUGAUCUCUGUCGCAUUGUUUCCUUUUUCUUCAUCCUCAUAGGAAGAUACAGGAGAUUUCCUGGGUCACAGAGGAUAUGAAAUGUAUUUUGGGUGGAAGCUUCAAAAAAAAAAAAACAAACCUAUGAGCUAUGGUUUGGAAUCUGUGCCUCAGUAUGAAGAUAGUUGAUGGGGGCUUUUAUAAAAUGUAAAUUAGUUCGCUUACCUUCUGUGGAAACAUCGCCUAAACAUAAAUGAAAAAGUGAAAUAAAUGAAAAUCUGAAAAAGUUCA